UCACCGACAAUUCAAGGGGCUGGGCUGGCUGGGCAAACCCCCUGGACGAUCUGCGCUGCCCUAAAACCGCCUAGAACAGAUCCUAGGUUAGGGCUAAUCUGGAUCCGCUCUAGUGGUCUGGUUCCGAAGGUGAGCUUGCGGGUCGGUGGGGAACUCACCAUGUACCAUGUGCGUUGAACCGUUUAAGGCAUCUGCAGUUGGAGUUAGACCGGAGAACCUAUGUACAUAGGUACCUAAUUCAAGAGGAAAUGUCAAGCCACAAUGCCACGGUGGCUAGAACCUUGGAACUUUUAAUCAUUGCUCGUUUCGGAAAGUCGCCUUAGCAGGCUGGCAGGUUAAGUUCGCGGCCACAUCUAUGAUGACGUCCCUUAUUGGAUAGGUACACUUGUACCCAACACCGCCUGACAAGCCUGAUUCAAGAGACUAUGACUUGGCCUCUUAGCUUCGUCAUAUCUGCUAUAUCUGCCAUAUUGAAGUUUACCUCUAAAUAGCUAUCAAGAUCAAUAAUUUUACUAAUAUUGACUUGAAAUACUCAAGAUGACGGACAGAGCGCCCCCUAACUACUACAAGAUCCUCGAGAUCUCCGAGAGUUCCACUACGCAGCAGAUUCGCGAUGCCUAUAAGCGAGCAGCCCUCAAAACCCACCCGGACAGAGUUCCCUCGAACUCGCCUGAGCGCCUGGCCCGCACACGCAAGUUUCAGCUCGUAAAUGACGCCUACUACACGCUGUCAGACACCGCACGGCGACGCGAGUACGACGCCCAGCGCACACGGUUCGGUGGCGGGCGCGGCACUUACACGUACGAGGAGGCAGACGACCCAGAGGAAUCAGUGCCGCCUGAGACUGGAGGAGGAGGAGGGACAGGAGCUGCGCAGAGCGCAUACUCGUGGGCGUGGAACUUCUUCACAGGUGGGAACACCAACUCGCAGCCUCAUGCGCGGGAGGCGCGGCAGCAAACCGAAGACGCGCAGUUUGGAGAUGUGUUCGAGGAGAUGCUGCGCGAGGAGGGGCUCGCGGACCAGGACACCAACAGGCCGACGUCCAAGUUCUGGAGCAUACUGGGCGCGGCCAGCGGCAGCGUAUUAGGCUUCAUAUUAGCGAAUAUGCCGGGCGCGGUUGCGGGCGCGGUGGCGGGGAAUAGGCUGGGCGCUGUGAGGGAUGCGAAGGGCAAGAGUGUUUAUGCUGUUUUCCAGGACCUGCCGCAGGAUGAUCGGGCGAGGCUGCUAGCUCAGCUUGCCACGAGGGUGUUUAGUCACGCCGUGGGGAUUUGACGAGAGUGCCUAGGGUAUAUUGAUUUCAGCUUAUGGUGUGUUUCUGCUGCUUUCGAGGCGUAGGCAUACGAGGACUACGUCGCUUGGUUUGACUGCAUUCUUUUACUAGGAAACAUGCG